AUGUCGUUAUCCUGCCAGUCUGCAGCUCGAAGCUGCGCGCGUACCAUCCGAUCCUCUUCAUCCAUACGUCUCUCAACAGUAUGUCUCGCACAACGGAGGAAUCAGACACCAACACGACGAUGGGCGUCGACCGAGGCUACGAAUCCAAAGAUCUCGGGGAUUGUGGAUCAAAUCAGUCAAUUGACACUGUUAGAGACUGCUGACUUGGUUGCAAGUCUGAAGGUGCGUGUUGAAUGCCGUUAUGGAACCCAAGGGCCUCUUGGAUCACGUUUGAAUAUCCCCGACAUGCCAAUGGGUGGAUUCGCUGCUGGCCCAGCUGCACCAGCUGCUGCCCCAGUGGAGGAGGAAGAUGCAGCCCCAAAACAACAAGAAAAGACACUUUUCAACCUCAAGCUAGAGUCCUUCGAGGCAGGAGCCAAACCAAAGAUUAUCAAGGAGAUUAAGAGCAUGCUGGGAUUGAGUUUGGUGGAUAGCAAGAAGUUCGUCGAAAGCGCGCCGAAGAUGAUGAAGGAGGCAGUACCAAAGGACGAAGCUGAGAAGAUUAUUGCUACGUUGAAGGCGUUAGGGGGCAAGGUCUCGAUGGAGUAG